GUUAAUGGCUAAUAUUUUCUCUAAUACUGGAGAAAUUUCAAUACAGAAAUCAUGUACAGAAGGUUUACAGACUUUUCAACAACCAAAGACAUAUUACAAUGGUGCUCCAGUGAAAAUUGAAAAACUUGCUAAAAGGAAACCAACAGAGAUAUUAGAGGACCCAAGACCACAGAAGUACAGAAAUAUGGAAGGGUUUACAGACCAUGUCAGACACACCAUGAUUAAUUUUUGCUCUCAAUCAUCUCAAGACCUAACACUGAGAUAUAUUUUUCCUGCAGCUGAUAUAGAGACUGCCCAGCUUGAUCAUGACUAUCUGUCGUUACCAUUUGCUGAAUAUUGGGUUGACAGAACUUUAAUGUUAAAUCCACCGAGAGUAAAAACACCAGAAAGAAUACAAAUUGGAGUAUAUCUACGUUCAAUGAUUGGAGAAGUGCGCGCAUAG